AUGCGACUCGUCCUACUCGCCACGUCCCUGGCAUCCCUCGCCGGCGUCGUUCUCGCCAAGCCAGAGAAGAUCAGGGGCGUGACCGAUCCCGUCUACCACCUGUACCUCCAAGCCUACCCAAAAGACAAGUCGAUCCCCGUUCUGGGGCCUGAGGCGUCGGCAGAAUUCUUCAAUAUUGCGGGAACCAUCCAGAGCGCCAACUCGAGCUCGUACCUCAACAUUGGCGGCGAUGCUACGUCGUACAAGACUCUUUCGUUGAGCAACGCCUCCGGCACCAGCGCGUGGGGGCUCGAGGGUGAUACUAUCAUCACUACCCAGAGUAGUAGCUGGGGACGACGUAUGUAG